AUGCCUGAAUCCACAACAGUCCUCUUUGUCCCCGACGCAUGGCAUAGUCCUGACUGCUUCGAUACGGUGAUUCAAAGACUCGAGGCAGCCAAUUACGCGACCUGCAAGGUCCAUCUACCCUCUGUCAACCCACCCAGUCAUUAUCUUGACUUCUCAGCUGAUGUAUCACACAUCCGCGCUCAGAUCGAAGCCGCAGUGGAUGCGGGUCAAAAUGUGGUGGUUGUCGUUCACUCUUAUGGCAGCCUUCCAUCAAACGAAGCUAUCAAAAGACUAGACAAAAAGACACGACAAGACAAAGGGCUGAAAGGUGGUGUCUCGCACCUCUUCUUCUGUUGCUCCUUCAUCAUCCCCGAGGGACAAUCGCUGAUUAGUGCCUUUGGCGGGAACGACCUGCCUUGGUUCAAUGUAUCUGACGACCGACUCGAAGUUCACCCCGCGACUCCGAACAAAGUUUUCUACAACGAUUGCGAUGAUGAACAGGUGAAGAAUGCUGUAGCUGCUCUCGGGGCACACAGCUACCAAACCUUCCAUAGCCCGUGCACUUAUGCAGCGUGGAAACACGUCCCGAGUACCUAUCUUUAUUGUCUGAAGGAUGCAGCGAUCCCAUUGCCCGUGCAGGUGAUGAUGGUAGAGGAGAUGGCUAAGGGCUUCGACAUAAAGACAGAAACGGUCGAUGCGUCGUACAGUCCCUUUUACAGCAAGCCCGACGAGUUAAGCGCCGCAAUUCGACGUGCGGCAGGCGAUGACGUUUGA